AUGGACAGGCCCCGGGCUCUCGUCCUGCUCUUGGCACUGCUGACACUCUGCAUCACUGCUGGGACACCUGAAGUGUGGGUGCAAGUUCAGAUGCAGGCCAUCAAGUCCCUGUCCUUCACUGUUCGCUGUGGAUUCCUGGGAUCUAGCACUAUCUCUUUGGUGACUGUGAGCUGCAAGGGGCCCGAUGGUGCUGUAAGAAACAAGCUGGCUGUGUUGCACCCAGAAUUUGGCACCGAGCAGUGGCCCCCUGCCCGUCAGGCCCACUGGGAAACCAGAACCAGCAUCUCCCUCACUGUGGAAGGGUCUGAAAGGAAAAGCCCCAGUCCCAACACCACCUUCUGCUGCAAGUUUACUUCCUUCCCUGAGGGCUCCCAGGAGGCCUGUGGGAACCUCCUCACAGACCAAGAGCUCCCUGCCCCUACUCCAGCCCCUAUUCUGCGGGCUGACCUGGCCGGGAUCUUUGGCAUCUCAGGGGUCCUCCUCUUUGGCUGUGUCUACCUUCUCCACCUGCUGCACCGGCAGAGGCACUGGUCUGCCAUGAAGCUUCAGCCACCCCACAGCAGCCCCCUGACACAGACACAAGCAAGGGCAGCCAGCCAGGCCUCCCUGGCCUCUCUCCGCAUCCCCUAUGCCACCAUCUCCACCAACCACUUCUGCCCGGCAGCUCUGGACACGGUCCUCCCACCCCAACCAUUGUCCAAGUGGAAGCCGAUCUCCAGCCACACCGCAGGCCAACCUGCCCUCUGGGCACCUCUGCCAGCCUCUGCUCGCAGCAGUUUCAUCUCCAUCGAGAAUGGACUCUAUGGUCAGGCAGGAGAGAGGCCUCCCCACAUCCCUUUCCCUGACCCUCUGGGGCCCAGAGACAUGGAGGGACAUUUAGGAGUUUAA